AUGCCUUCUCUUAUCCGUUCUAUCCUCUUUCGUCUGCUUCUCAUCCCUUAUUUCUUCAUCGCUAACCUUGUAUGCUUCCUUCUUUCCUUGCCCAAAAUCCUCAGAUUCAACAAACUCAAAGCUUCUCAAGACGAUGAUGACAACGGGGAACGUGACGAGGGAAGUUAUGUGGUCGGAAAGGAGGAGCUGCGGCAAACAGGGCUUCAGAGAGAGCUGAUGCCGAGACACGUGGCAGUGAUCAUGGACGGAAACCGGAGAUGGGCCGAGCGGGCCGGAUUGAUGACGUCACAAGGCCACAAGGCCGGAGCUAAACGGCUUAAACAGUUUGCCGAGCUCUGCUUCGGAUUGGGGAUUCAUACUGUCUCAGCUUUUGCUUUCUCCACUGAGAAUUGGGGAAGAAACAAGAUUGAGGUCAAGUGCAUAAUGUCUUUGAUCCAAUACCAGCUCAAGUCCAAGCUCAAAGAUUUGCAUAGGGAGGAAAUUAGAGUAUCUGUUAUCGGGAAUCUUGCAAAGAUACCUGAAUCUCUCCAUCGAACAAUCCAAGAGAUGGAGGAAGCAACUAAAAUCUACAAGAAUAGGCAUCUCAUCUUGGCAAUAGAUUACAGCGGGAGAUUCGACAUGUUACACGCUUGCAAGAGCAUUGUGAAGAAAGCAGAAAAUGGGUUGGUACGAGAAGAAGAUGUAGAUGAGGCAUUAAUAGAGAGAGAGCUUCUGACAAACUGUACCGAGUUCCCAAAUCCUGAUCUCUUGAUAAGGACAAGUGGAGAAGAAAGGAUUAGUAACUUCUUCUUGUGGCAACUGGCUUACACCGAGCUCUUCUUCACACCGGUCCUUUGGCCUGAUUUCGACAAGGACAAUCUUCUUGAGGCCCUGGUUUCGUAUCAGCGCAGGGAAAGACGUUUUGGCUGUCGGGUUUGA